CUAAAGAAGGUGGUGUGGUGCUCUGUUGAGAGUCUUGGUUAGACUGAAGCAUAGAGUCUUUGUCCUCCAUAAAAUGGGCAGAGCACCCUGUUGUUCAAAGGUGGGUCUGCAUAGAGGUUCAUGGACUGCCAGAGAAGACGCAUUGCUCAUUCAGUACAUCCAGUCCCAUGGUGAAGGCCAUUGGAGUUCUUUGCCUAUGAAAGCUGGGCUUCUUCGAUGUGGGAAGAGCUGCAGGCUAAGAUGGAUGAACUAUCUGCGGCCUGAUAUAAAGCGAGGCAACAUAACUCCUGAGGAGGAUGACCUAAUUGUGAGGCUUCAUGCCCUUCUCGGCAACCGCUGGUCUCUCAUUGCUGGAAGGCUUCCUGGUCGAACUGACAAUGAGAUCAAGAAUUACUGGAACACCCACAUCGCCAAAAGACUCAGAAUCCCAAAAACCAGCACUCAAGAAAUUACACCAAAACCAAAGUCAAAAUGUGUCCAAGCUGAGGAGGCCAAGAAAAGUGACGAUGACCAAGAAAAUAUUGGUGCAACAACAAAAAGGACCAAAGUUCAUCUCCCAAAGCCUACUAGGGUGUCUCCAGUUAAAACCCCAGUUGGGUCUUUUUGUGAUGGAGAGGGAGAUCAUGAACAAGAAGUUGGGUUUCAUGAUGCAGAAGUUCCUAAUUAUUUUCAUGUGUCUUGGCUUGAUGAUAUGAAGAAGAAAGACGAUGGUUGUUUUGGGGAGGGCUUGGUUUGUGGUGAGAAUGUUGAAGAUUGUUACGAUUUUGUUCAAGUGUUUGACAGUGCCAGGAGUCAGAAUUCUGAAGAAGCUGCUGCAGCUGCAGAAAGAGUUGCUAUGACAUGGAAAAUCUGUGAGGAAUAUGAGCAGGAUCUCAAGGCAGAUCAAGAUCAUGGUCAAUUGGAGUCUUUUGUUGAUUCCUUGCUGAUUUGAAUGUUUCCAAAAAUUAGAAAAGAAAAAUUGUAGGAUAUUAUCAGUAUGUAUCAGAGUUGGUUUUUCAAUUUCAUUUGAAUUGUAGUGUUUC